AUGGCGAGGUCGAGGCCUAGGGUUUGGCUCGUGGCGGGCUGCGCCGCCGUCCUGCUGUGGGCCUCCGUCGCGCAGCUCGUUGCCGUCGGCCGCCUUCUCCUCCUUUUUGGCCUCGCCGGCGACGUCGAUCCCUCGCCGCCACCUUCCGCUCUUCCGCCCCCGAGAAUAUACAAGAGCAAUGGUUACCUGAAGAUAUCUUGUAAUGGUGGUCUGAAUCAGAUGCGCUCAGAGAUAUGUGACAUGGUGGCAGUUGCUCGUCUUCUAAACCUCACUAUGGUUGUCCCAGAACUUGACAAGAGAUCAUUCUGGGCUGAUCAAAGUAAUUUUGGAGACAUAUUUGACGUGAGGCAUUUCAUCGACUCAUUGAGAGAUGAGGUGCACAUCAUUAAACAGCUUCCAGAGAAGCUUGGUCCAGGAGAUUCAGACAUUAUUAUACUUGAAAUGCCACCCGUGAGCUGGUCAGAUGAAAAAUAUUACUUGCAUCAGAUCUUACCACUGUUCAGCAAAUACAGUGUCAUCCAUUUUAACAAAACAGAUGCUCGCUUAGCCAAUAAUGGUAUCAGUACAGAGCUUCAACUGCUUAGAUGCCGUGUUAAUUUUCAUGCACUGAAAUUCACACCUCAAAUUGAGGGACUAGGGAAUAAACUGGUACAUAAACUGCGAGCCAAGGGAUCAUUUGUAGCCUUGCAUUUACGCUAUGAGAUGGAUAUGCUUGCGUUUUCUGGUUGCAACCACGGCCUUUCACCUGAAGAAGCUGAGGAGCUCAAAAAAAUGAGAUAUGCUUAUCCAUGGUGGAGAGAUAAAGAAAUUGAUUCCCAAGCCAAGAGGUCGCAAGGACUAUGCCCACUUACUCCUGAGGAGGCAUCACUUGUUUUGAAAGCUCUAGGGUUUCAAAAGGAUGCUCUUAUAUACAUCGCAGCUGGUGAAAUUUAUGGGGGUGAUAGGAGACUAGAACCACUACGGGCUGCUUUUCCAAACCUUGUACGAAAGGAGAUGCUGCUAGACUCUGAAGUUCUGCGUCAAUUCCAAAAUCACUCUUCCCAGAUGGCUGCACUUGAUUUCAUCGUAUCCACAGCUAGUGAUGUUUUCAUUCCCACUUUCGAUGGUAACAUGGCAAAGCUUGUUGAGGGUCACCGAAGGUUCCUGGGUUUCCGGAGAAGUGUGGUGCUAGACCGACGGAAAUUAGUUGAACUUCUAGACCUGUACACCAACAAGACAAUCUCUUGGGACAAUUUUGCAUCUUCUGUUCGGGAAGCUCAUAAGAACCGUGUAGCUCAACCAUCGUGCAGGCGAAAACUUGAAAACAGACCAAAAGAAGAGGAUUACUUCUAUGCUAACCCCCACGAAUGCCUAGCCAAUUCAACCUUGUGCAGCUAA